AACUGAUUAAAAUAUUAAAAAUUCAAUAGCAAAAAACCUAUAUUUCAAAAUUGAUGAGUUUUUUUGUAAAGCUAGAUCAUAAUGUCAUGAACAUCUCCAGAAAAUUUGGUCUUUGGUUUUUAAGGUGUUGCUGAGAUAUCUUGACUUAAAGGUAGUGUCACAUGGUUACAUAUCACUAAUGGGCCUUUUUAACGGCAGCCAAACUGACAUGAAAUAGUAUAACAAGCACAGGUGUAAGUAAUAACAUUAAUUAAGGUUACAAAUAUGCAACAAUGAAAUUUAAUGGAAGCUUCAUUAAUGUCAAUGCAGACACUUGUACUUGCCAUACUAUUGAAAAGGCCCACAUGGCUAGUAAAUAUGGCUAAUAAAUGCCCUGCAUUCAUCAGAGGUGAGUGAGGUGUGCAAAUCGGUCCAGUGUAAGUGCACACUUAGGGAAUCACUCGACUUUGCAAGCAUCAAAGGUUAUAUCAUGGCUGCAUAUGACAAUAAUUGGUGGCUAGGAUGUGUUGAAGAAGCUAUGGAUGUUUGAGGUCAUUGUUGUGCUGAAAGGUGUACGUGCAAGCUUUCAGCUCGUCGUUAUGUGUAUAUGUAUGAGAAUGGACUUUUUUGCAUGUAUCUGUUUCUUCAUGGUUGUGUUCCAAGCCACUUUACAACAGUAUUGUGCUCUGUUGCUUGGUGUUAGGAUGUCAUUCCUCUUAGAUAUAUUGUUUUUCCUAGGUGUGAUGAGAUGAGGCCUCGUCAGAGAGGAGGGCACUUGGGCUUGCUCCUGCUGGGUUACCAGCUGCUGCAGAUGGGCCUUGAUAACAUCCCGCCUGUCACACUGGCUGUUCUCGCAUUGAACAUUUACCUCUUCUUGGCCCCCCUGGCAUCAUCCAUUCAAGCUUGUGUCAGUGUGCAGCAGGCCUGCUGGAACAGGGACUGGCGGCGUCUGCUUCUCGCUCCCCUGCACCAUGUGGAUGACUGGCACCUCUACUUCAACAUGGUGUCACUCCUCUGGAAGGGCUCGCGUCUGGAGCGCAGACUGGGUGGGGCCUGGUUUUCUUACCUGUUAAUUACGGUCACCUUGACCACAGGAGUGGUGUACCUGCUUCUGGCCAUGGGUCUCUCUGAGCUCACCCAAGACUCUUCCUACAGCUUGCAGUGUGCGAUUGGAUUUUCAGGGGUGCUGUUUGCCUUGAAAGUGAUUAAUAACUAUUACAAUCCAGGUGGUGUCACCAACUUGAUGGGCAUACCUGUAUCCAAUCAGAUAGCUUGUUGGGUUGAACUUUUUCUCAUCCAUCUUCUUUCACCAGGUACAUCUUUUAUUGGACACUUGGCAGGGAUCCUGGUAGGACUUCUUUAUGUCAAAGGUCCUCUAAAGGUGACAAUGCAGACAUUUGCAGGGUUUUUGACAUCAGAUCAAUUUAAUGCAGGAAGGCAGUACUACAGUUAUACAGGACACAGUGGCCAAAGUGCAUGGCCCCAACCAAACCCGGAGCUCCAUGCCUACACAGGAGGUCUCUCUGAAGAGGAGCAGUAUGAGGAGGCUAUCAGGGCCAGCCUGAAUGAGAGAGGGGUUGCUCCACACGACAGAAUGCUGUAUGGAUUUGUGAAUGCAGAGGAGCUCCGACAGCGGCGGCUACAGAGAUUUGAUCAGUGAUCGGAUUGUUACCUGAGUGGAUGGAACUGCUAAACCUAUAGGCUAAAUCUUCUCAAAUUCCAUCAAAGAUUUACUGAUAUGUAGUAUUAUUAUAUUAUAGGCAACUAAUGUCAGCUAUAUAAAAUGGCACUGUUUUAAGAAUUACAUUGUAAAGUAUAUGAAAGAAUCUCUGUGGUUUAAAUAAAGGGGAUUUUUAUUUAUCAAUCUAUAUGAUGGAAGAUCUAAGAUAUUUUUGCACUUUGAUAAAAAAAAAUAAAAAUGUUACUAGUCACUGAAGAUUUGACAAGACUGAUUACUUUUAAUACAGUUCAUUAAAUGCUCUGUGGUGAGUUUUUCCUUAUUGGAAAUAACUGUGUUGUGCAAGAUAAUGCCAUAUAAUAGAAUUUUAUAUUUUGA